AUGUCGUUGAAGAGAAUCAAUAAGGAACUCAGUGAUCUCGGCAGAGAUCCGCCUUCGUCGUGCUCUGCAGGCCCUGUGGGUGACGAUCUGUACCACUGGCAAGCGUCGAUCAUGGGUCCGCCAGACUCGCCGUAUGCCGGCGGAGUGUUCUUCCUCUCGAUCCACUUCCCUACAGACUACCCAUUCAAGCCUCCCAAGAUCUCUUUCCAGACGAAGAUCUACCACCCAAAUAUUAAUUCCAACGGAAACAUCUGUCUCGACAUUUUGAAAGACCAGUGGUCUCCAGCGCUGACAAUCUCCAAAGUGUUGCUGUCCAUCUGCUCGUUGCUCACAGACGCUAAUCCGGAUGAUCCUUUGGUGCCAGAGAUCGCUCACAUCUACAAGACCGACCGUGCAAAGUACGAGGCCACAGCCAAGGAGUGGACCAAGAAGUUUGCCAUCUAG